AUGGCAGCACCUUAUUCUCCAACCACACCAACUCCACCAUGGCCUUCGCCUUCAACGGUCAAUCAACACCGAAGCAAUUUGACCAACAAGAGGAAAGUCGAUGCCAUCGUCGACACCAAUGACAUCGACUCCGUCUCCAACAGUAGUAUCUCGUCUCAAUUCAAGAAAUUACGCCUGAAUCAGCAACGACAUGGCAUCCUCAACCCCAACCUUAAUAUCAACGCCAACAAUGGCAAUUUUAAUGCACAUCACCAGAAUGGUGAUUUGCACAUGCAAUCACAACUGCACUACCAACAAAUCCUCACACCCACGAGUCCGACUUCAAAAUAUAGACCACACAUAGCAAACACCGAUGUACGGCCUGCACUUCCACCACUGCCACCCGAUCCAACCUUACGCCGACAACCAUCGCCAUCACUAUUACCAUCACCUACAUUGGCGUCACCACGAACACCAACUCCGACAGCACGCACAACGAGAGGGCCAACCGCAUUAGCCUCAUCAUACCGCCGCCUCCAUGAUCCUCCAGCGGCGAGGGAACUUCCUCUAUCUCCACCAGAGCCCUCACCCCGACAGAACUCCCACACCCGCAAUUCAUCCAUUGCCUCCUCAAUCAUGGCCAUUGACGAGACCCCCAACCGAAUCAUCAUCAACGACCUCGAGGCCGAGAUCGCAGCCAUAGAAGCCGCUGAAGCCGAGGGCCGCAACACCGUCUUCAUCCCUGACAUCGACAAGAAAGUCUCGGCCAUCCCACAGCGACUCCUCCAGAAUUCCUCCAAUGCACCAGUCUCCAACGACCCCUCCGCCGGCCCAGGCUCCUCAGCAUUUACAUUCCCUCCAAACCCGCACUCACACAGCCACCACCACCCAAGCACCACAGGAGCACACGCCUUCCCAACCCCAUCGACAACUCCACCGCUCGCCACGGCUCUCGUCCUCUACAAAGACCCAACCAGCAUCAGCGUACCAGAGUCAGAGGACGUGGUUCGCAAAACUAUCAUCGCGGCACGGCAACGGGCGCGCGAAAAGGCCAUGGAGGACCAGCGCGACCGGGACCGCGAGCGCCAGGUCUUCCUCAGCGAAUACCGCUCUCCGGGGAAAGGCCAGGCGUCGUCGCUCUUCGAGCAGCAUCGCGGCGACCCCGACUUCUUCGACGACGCCAUGACGGAUCAUUCAUCGGUCGCCGGCGAUUUCGACGACGACCUUGAUCCUGACGCCAUGGACAUCGAAUAG